UAUUUAUACUUUAUCUGACUUUACCAUGAUAAUAGCGCAAUAGCAUAAAAUACAAAUGUAAAAUUAACAAAAAGAGUUAUAUGGAGCAGUAUGUUUCGCAACACACAGUGUAAAUAAGAAAAGAACAAAAUGUAAAUAAUCAAUAUGAACAAGAAAAAUUCAUAUUAAAAUACUGAAAUACUCCUAUACCUGCACAUUUAAUUUAAAUUUUUAAAUUCACAAUGAUCAGAGCAAAUAUCAGGGCUUCAAAAUGGAACGUAAUCAAGAGUGCGUCCGAUUUAGUAAUAAUACCUAAAAAAAGAAAAGAGAAAUCUUUGCCUGCCAUAAAACUAAACCAAGAAAAACGAAAUAAAAAACAUAUCAAAAACGAGAAUACCACAACUACUCAACAUGGGGCAGGUCUAAAUAAGAUUUACGAUAUCCAGAAGGAAGCAAAAGGAAAGUCUAGUCUUGCGAAAACAGAUAAAAAGUCCAAAAAAGGUGGUAAGAAACACAUUAGCAAGCCCAGUAGCACAUACGCAGAAGAACAUCUGAAAAUAACAGCAAACAGAAAUCAAGACAGACCAAAGAAACCAAUAAGUAAACAGAGAAACAGUGAAGUAAACCAAAAUAAAGUACAAAGUAAAAGUGUUGAAACACCCAUCAAAAGACGUAAUCGUUACUUCAAUGAAAAUAAAAAUUACUUUAAACUUGUCAAGCGAUCCAACUAUAAACAUGUAGACCCUAAGGUUGAGACGAAAAGUUAUAUUUUAUCCAUAAUGAAGAAAUGUAAUAAUGAUAAUAAGGAUUUAAAGAAGAAGAGUCUGCCCAGGACUACACAAACUAGUGCCGAAAGUUUAAGUAGCAACAAGAGUACUAAGAGCAAGGGUACAAAGACAAUAAAACAUAGACUUAGAAAACAAAUAUGGCACUGGACGAAAAAUUCUAUGAAACGUAGUGAACACUGGUCUAAGUUCCUUGCUGAUAAUAAUAUAAGUUUAGAAAAUUUAGACAUAGACAAAUUAGACCUCAGUCUAAUAGAUGUGGACGCACUUGGUAUUGAGAAUAAAUUACUUAAGCGUACUAUACUGUGGUUAUCUAAAUAAAAUUUUCGUUCAACUUA